AUGAGGAAAAGAACACUGAAGAAGGGCGCGGAGGCGAGAGUGAGGCGCUCAGGGACCGCUGCCAUCCUCGAAACCUCCAGCUCCCGCCGCCUGGCCAGCAGCCAGCUCCCGGGAGGCCCGGGUCCCCGCCCCUUCACCUCUCGAUCUCUGGCUCCUGGAGGGCCCUAUCGCCCCACAACCAGUGCCCCGCGGGGUCCUCUGCUUCCGGCGCUGUGGGUGGCUCAGGCCAACUUGCCACUGCCCGGGGCGCUGUGGCCCCAUAAGCACCACAAUCAAGGCGCCUCAGGGGAGAGGGUUGUGCGCACCUUCAAAACAAUCGCGGCCCGAAGAGCACUUUGGUUCUGGCUCCCGUCUCUGCCUCGGGCACUGACACGUGACUCGGAGCCAGGCGGACUUGCAGUCGGCGGGGGUACCGCGGCUGCUGGGCGACCUCGGAGCCUUCGAAGCCCUCUGAGCCGCUCCGGCGGCACGGCGGUUGGAGCCCGGCGAGGCGGCCUCCUCGGCGGGCGAGCCGGGACUAGCAGGUGCCGCUCACGCUGGGCUGAGCGCACGCACACGCACACGCAGACGGGCAGGGCGCGGGCUAGCGGGGACCGCGCGGGGCGGGCCGGAGGCGCGCAGCUGCCGCCUCCACCGCCGCUUCUGCUACUGCUACUGCUGGUACCGCCGUUGGUGCUGAUGCUGCGGGUGCUCUGCCAAAAAAGGCAGCUUAGGGAUGCUCAGCAGAGGCCUCACAGGGUACACAACUUGCUGUCCAUUGCAAAGUUGCCGCUUACCACUUCCUUAUUUUCCGGCUUUCAUCUCCAGUUGAUUGCUUAGCACAGACCAGCAGCACUAUGAAGAUAGGGAUGAUGUUUCCAGGUCAGUAACAGCUUGAUUUAUCCAAGUAAGUAAGUGAUAGAUUCUUACCACCAAGUUCUAAAUGUUGAACAAGAUCACUAGGAAUAUCUUAAAGUUGUUUUGUAUUCUAUGGAACCUCACUCACUAACAAAUCUGAAAGAGUAACCCACUACCAGCAACUGGAUUUUUGUUGCUGUACUGUAGUUUUAAGCAGGGGGCAAUAGCGAGCCUUUUUGGGUCUGUGUGUGUGUGUGUGUGUGUGUGUG